GCUGUAAACCUUUAAAACAAAUUGGUGAAGCAUACGAAAAGAAAAGGACGGAAACACCGUCGUCAAACACCAGGACAAGGAAUGAGUGGGCAUUCAGUUGACGGUGAAGAGCAGAGCUCGUCGGCCCCGGCAAGAAAUCACACGCUUACGCACGUUUUGUACGCACAAGAAGCUGUCGGAGAUGAGAAGAAAGACUCUGCAAUUAUUGAUUUAAUUGUCGACCAGUUCAAGCAAGAAAACAUAGGAAACAUUUUGGCAAAUCCAGCAAUCGCUUCUCUUGGCCCCUCGCGAAUUAGACAAGUUGUGCUCGGCCCGAAGCAUGUGGGAGUGCUGUUGGAUGAUGCAACUGUCUGUCGGAUCCCAUAUCAUGUUCUUCAAAUUCAAAGCGGAGAGGUGAAGGAGGCUGAGGCCGUCAAAGGAGAACCAUCAUCGCGGUUGCACGAUGUUUAUGCUCGAGCUGGUGCUGCUGGAGAAGUAGAGGUCAUUCCAUUGAGUGGUGGUAUGAACACACUGAGAGCAGCAGCUGGACAAGCCAAAUAUCGGAGAGUUAUGCUUUCAAACAGAGCUUAUUAUCGUCUUCGUGGCAACCUCGGUGAAUCAAGAAGCUAUGUUCUAGGUGCUCCCCGAGUUCCUGCAACAAAUGUUCCAGAGGAACUCAUCAAUAAUGUUCAACAAGUUCUACAAGGAAAGUCUAGGGAUGUAAUCAUCAGAGAACUCCAAAGAACUGGCCUAAAUGUAAAUGAAGCAGUCAAUAAUUUGCUUUCAAGGGACGAUGGAGAUGAGCAAGAUGUACUAGAUGUCGGAGGAGAACAUCUGAUUCCAGAGGAGUUACUUCAAAUUUUGGAAGGUGGUGUUCCACCAGGAAGUAGUGGAGCUGUUGCAAUGGCUGAAAGUCUGCUAGAACGUGAAGAUCGUUUGCUGGAUUCACUGGCAUCUCGAGCCGAAAUGAGAUAUCAUUUCGGAGGUGCGUCCGGUAGUAAAAAGCCAAAAGCAAACGAGAAGGACAAAAAGAAGAAAGAUAGUGAGACAAAUUGGAAGAAUUGCAUACAGUUGGGAGAACAUGUUGAGUGGUGGCGUGGAGCUCCAGGAGACGGAAUUCCUGAGCAUGCAAAAACCGAUGCUCCAGUAAAAUCUGAAGACGAUAAAGCAAAUCCAGUAAUUAGUAUCACGGCAACAAGUUAUCAGAUGUAUGCUCUUCACAGAAACGGCAAAAUGUACUCAUGGGCGUGGGAUGAGUCUGAAGGUCUUGAUGAUCCUUUGACUAUUGUUAAAAACCGAGAUCAUCCCGACCAUGCUACAAUCGGAACACAUGGAAAUCCUGUUAUUCAAAUGUCAUCCAGUAACUUGAGAAUCUCAAUUCUCACCCGAUCCGGUCAUUUGGUCAGCUGGCUCGAUGAAUGUGGAGCAGGCGUUCGAUUUUCACUUGCUUCUGAAACAGUCACUAAGAUCUCAGAAGACUCGGUGAUGGCCGUUCAAGAUCUGGUUACCAGCGAUCAUCUUGCCGCGUUUCGAAUCGAUAGCAUUAUUCAUUGGUGUGGUAUUGUGCCUCUUGUGGAAAGUACACGCUCUACUAAAAAGGAAAAAGAAGAAGCAGAUCGUGAGAAAAAGAAGCAUGUGUCAUUUGGAGAAGCACCUGUGUCAUCUAUACCGGCGGUUCAAUCGAAUUCGAUUGAAUUUUUUGUGGGACAACAAGUUCAAAUGAAAAAAGCUCCUCUGUAUCCUGCAGGAAGUGUUGCUGCUCAAAUAGACACUAGCAACCCCAUGAUUGGAGUUCUUCUGGAAGAUUGCUGGAGUGCCACAGACCACUGCCGUUUUCGCAGCAUGACACCUAAAGAAUACGAUUACGAGCUUGAAGUUGAUGGAUUCAUUGCUCUACUGAACGGAGCAUCACCAGAAGUAUCUUCUGCCAGUGGAACCUCAACCAAAACGCUCCCAGGGGGAAGAGUCUCUCGGAAACGAACCCACGACGAAGCAGACGAUUCGAAUAGUGUUCCACCCACAGAGUUCGGACGACGACGCGUUGAAGUUUGGCUCGCCGAAGAUCUUGUAUGGAUUCACGAGCAUCGGAAAAGAGAUGUCAUGACGGUGCAAGUCGUUGACAAUAACCUGGUUGCUGUUAAGCAUGUGCCAAAUUCCAGCCAGAAACCAAUUUUCCAGAGUUUAUUUAGCGAGAGACUUGAAAUGGACGGAAUGCCUCAGACUGUGAUUUCAAUCGAAAAAUCUACGGAUAUCGACAAGAUACGUCUAAUGCGUAAAGAAGAUUUACAAGUAAUUGACAAGUGUCCUCCACGUGCUCCAGUCAUUUUGCAAAAGGAAUUGUUGAAAUUCGAUGUAGAUUGUAAUCGAACAAUUGUAUCAAUGGUAGCUGAUUUGAAUGAACUCCGGGUGUUGGCUCGAAGUAAACACGUCGAACGUGGAAUGCACAUGUACCGAGUAAGCACGAACGGAAAAGUUAUUUCAAGAAGACGAGUUCCUGUAUUUCUCCCAUCUGUUGAACGUCCAAUUUUUGGAGGAUUGUCUCCAAAGCUGAUCAGUUUCGGAGAUGCUCGGACACUUUUCCUACGAGACACUGCUGGUCAAUUGAUUCCUCUUCAACGUGAUGCUUUAAAUGGAUUCCGUGAACCACCAGCAAUGCAUUCUCAACCAAUUCUUCACAUCGCUACUGCAUGUAGACCCAGUUUUAACGUGCUGGCGUCUUGCGAGAAAAAUUCUCAAUGGCAAGGUUCGAUGCUGAUUAUUCCUGGCGUUGAUCGUCCUUGGCAUAGUCAUUUCAUCAAAGAUGGAUCGUCUUUGAUGCAAAUGGUCUUGUACUGUGACGCAGAUGGUGUCAGUCAAUUUUUAGAUCGAUUAUUCGAGUUGAGAAUGAGCUGUACCAUCAGUCAUCAUGAGUUCCGGCAGAUUAUGAGCGAACAAUUGUUCACUAUCACCUCGGAUCUUUGCUCAAACGUCUUACAUGCGGCGAUCCGGCUAACAAGUGCUACCAAAAACUCGGAAGAUUCUGAUAAAGCUGUUCCUGAUACAACUAUGCCAACAUUGUUCCCAACCCGAAAUAUUACACUACCACCACAAGAUGUAUCCAUGGAAGAUGCAGCCCCAGCAGAAGAAUCGAGCUCUUCCAAUAUGCAAGGCGAUGAAAUUGAUGAUGAGGAAGAGCCACGAUGGUCACGAGUACUCAGAAGCAGACCGAAAAGAGAGCAAGUGACACCUUCAAAGAAAUCGAAAAAAGAAAAACGAGCUGAUUCUGAAGAAAACGACGAGUACGGAGGUGAAAAUCAUUCGUUCUCUGCAGUACGAUCAGAUGAAAGUGGGAUGCCGUUCGGAUCUCCAAGGCCACCGAUGGUCCGUCAAAAAUCAGCACUUCAGAUUAUUGACACUUUUCUGAAACAUCCAGCAAUGUUUUAUGACAAGGACGCUGAAGAACAUAUUGAAUAUGUGGAUGAACCGGACCGUCUGUCUGCUGUGAAGGCGCUUCUACUUACGCGUGAUCUUAAUGGAAUGACUCCUUUCCAAUCAGCCAUAAAUCAGCGAGCUUACGGUGCUGCGACUAGUAUUUGGAGAGCAUUAUUGCAAUUAGGAUUCCAGACGAUGUCGGAGGAGCAGAAAUUGAAGUACAUUUUCCCGAGUUUUAACGUCGAUGAAAGUCACAAUGCUGACGACUCUCCGCUUUUCAUUCUUUGCUACAACGAUGUGUGUUCAUUCACUUGGACAGGAGAAGAUCAUAUUAAUCAAGAUAUUUACGAGUGCAAAACGUGUGGACUAACAGGAUCAUUGUGUUGUUGCUCAGAAUGUGCAUUGACGUGUCAUCGAAAUCAUGAUUGUCGAUUGAAACGUACAUCUCCAACUGCAUAUUGUGACUGCUGGGAGAAGAGUAGCUGUAACUGCAAAGCUCUGAUUGCUGGAAAUGAGCUUCUUCGCGAACAUUUGCUCAGUGAGCUUUUAAAGUAUACCCGACUGUUCGAGUAUCCAAACGCAAGAAACGAGCAUAUUAUGCUAUUCUUAGCUCGGACAGUCAUUCGACAAACGCGAGAGCAAACGUAUUCACAGAAAAGGAGAAGCAGAUAUCGUACUGCAAUGCAAACUUCACAGUCAUCUGGAACACCCGAGCAUAAUCUGAAUCCCCCAAAAUUUGCGAAAACUGCGCUAGAACAAUGUUGCAAGAAUGCAAAUGUUGUUAUGAAUUCGAUAAGAUGUGGUAUCAACAAAUUUGGACAAAUGGAAUUAGCUACACCUGGGCAACUACACUUUGUGCAACAGAGCACUUCUACUCAUCUGGACAAGCUGACAUUCGCUCUGUCAAACAAAAUCUUGAAGGAUUAUUCAUCACUUUUUGUCGGCACUCUUCGUAAUCUGCUCUCAGCGCCAAUUCGAGAUCCACGCGUUGAUCAAGACAUCGAGAUGUGGGUGGGACGUUUUGUGCGAAGCUUGGUUCGAGUGCUCACAUUGGCUAUCAAUGUGUCCCCAUUGGCCCCAAGUACCAUUCUUGCUGCUGAAGAUCCGACUGACAAUGCGACUCCGAGAGAUCCACGAGAAGAUCGUAGUCGCUACAAUCAAGCUACAUUCCAAGUAUUCCACGCUCUUGUCAUUAGUAAAAAGGAGAGUUCGAAGUUAUCGGAGAAGUCUGCGUCCUUCGUAGCAAUGAUCACUCGUAUCAUGCAAUUCCUACAACAACUUCCAACAUUUGCAGUUGUUCAGUUAGCUAUUGCUGCUGAUGCUAUCUUCGAGCCUGUACGUGAUGGAAUGCUGAGACCGAUGGUAAAUCCAGCUCUUGCUGGAAAUAACCACGAUCCAAUGGAUAUUCUUGAAAAAUACUUUACGAGUGAUUUGUCAUUUUCCGAAGUUCUCAAAAGAUCAAAAAAAGAAGAAAGAGCAAUUGCCACUUCUAAACCUGAUACGAAAAGAGUGAGAAGGACAAGUCGUCGUGACACAGAUCGAGAAAACGGCUCUGAUAAUCGCGAAAGUAUGGAGGAUGAACGAUCGGCUGGUGAUCGAGCUUCUGAAUCCCAAGAAACAUUACGCAUUAGGCAUGAUUCUACUGCCACAUCCACUGUUCCAACACCUCGUCGGAGACGUCUGUUAUCUGGUAACACAACAAAUGACACGAAUGAAGAUAAUGAGGAAAGAAAUGGUCAGCCAAGAGAAUUCGACGGAGAAUCAAGUAGUAGUGAUGAUGAUAACGACGAUGACGACGACGACGAUGAUGAAGAAGAAGAUGACGAUGAUGAUGACGAUGAUGACGACGAAGAUAGCGAUCGUCCUGCUGAAGAACGUCAAGAAGAUGAAGAGAGAGAAGAAGGUGAUGAACAUGAACAAGAUGAACAAGUGGAAGGUGAAAUUGAAGUUGUCGACAGAAUAGAGGUUCAACCCGUGGUGGAAGAAUCUGAACGAGCUGAAGAACCAGUUUGGCAUGCAUAUGAGCCUGCAAGCCCAUCUCCACGCCAGCCCGACUUUGAUGAUAAUUCUUCGGAUUCGCAAGAAGGUGGAGCUCGUGAGCCUGCUUUCGUCAUCGCCGAUGUAGCUCAUCCACUUGAAGUUGCUCAAGCUCAGCCUGCAAAUGUUCCGAUUGUGCGGCCAGUUGCCGAGAAUCCUUCGCCGUCUAUCAUGGCAUCAAUUGCUGCAUCCUCUGCUGCUCGUGAGCGUGCACUCGAAGCUCUUGCGGAAAGGCGAGGAGCGGCUGCCUCUAGAGUUCCAGGAAGCUCUGUUCCCAGAAUCGAGCGUUUCCUUCCAUAUCGCUUCUCAUCAAGAUCUAGCUUCUUAUCAAAUCGCCGAGAGGAUUCGUCUAAUUCUCAAGGAUCUACAUUAUCUUAUGCUGCUGGAAGUACAACUGGAACAGGAUCAACAGCUCCUGCUCCUGCAUCUGCUACAGCUGGCAACAACAACAGUCAAGUUCGAUCAGUUCCUCCACCGACGACAACUACUAGUUCUAGCAAUCAAGAAUCAUCGCCUGCUUCGAAUUCUUCAAAAAAAUCGAAUGAUAACACUGAUCAGCCUUCACUUGAAACAGCUCGUGAACAACUUGCGUUGACGUUUAGCGUUCUAGUUCGUGCUGGAUGUGAUAUUCUGUCCAGAAUGCCACGGCCGGUUAUGUCUGUGUAUACAAAAGCAGACGAUAACGCGAAGCGUUCACAAUUGAAGGCUCAACGAUUGUUCGGAGACAUUCUUCAAGAUACAUUCCGUUGGAUGGGAAGAGUGUUUGAAUCCACUGAAGCAAAGAUAAACUUCAACGAGACGUAUGAAAAGUCACUAGUCCGUCCUGCCUCUCCUGGCUCAGAAGAUAAACGAGGACGUAAAGAUGCUUUGCAUUACAUUCAUUCACUUUUGAGAUUGGCUACAGAUGAAGCUAAAGAUUCUUUGGCUCACGUUGAUAUUGAAAUGCUGUAUCCGGUUGCUCUUGUUGCCGAUGCAUAUUUUCAUUUCUUGAGUUGCAAUGUAGAGCGGCCUAUUGAGUUAAAGCAAUUGAUUGAUUAUUACGAAGAUAGUCAACGGAGGCAUUUCCGAGAAAAAUGUGAACAAACCGAUAAUGACCUGAUGAUAGGAUUCUUUAUGCGUCCAGUAUCUCUUAGUUGGCCAGGACAUCUUCAUGAUGGUGCAUGGGACACGCUUUCUGGACGGCACCAUAUCAGUAAAACAUUGAAGAUUGAGGAAGAGUGUCCAAUGCUUGGUGGACCAAAAAUGCUGACAAUGCUUACAAAACAAGAAGACUUAUUCAGAGAUCCUGUAAUUGAUGAAACAAAAAGAAGGACAUCAAGUUAUUUGAAUGAUCCUGUUGAAGAAUACACGUACAACCUCCUUGACCGUCCAUUCGAAUACCGUAAUCCUGGUGUCAGUCUUGCAAUGGUUCCACAUCGUUUAAAGUUGGAACGCGAAUUCAUCAGUAUAACAAGAGAUUUCUAUCAUCUCGAUCGAACCCCAGAUCAUGAAGUGAAGGACUACUCAACAGCGGUGGGAAAAUUCCCAGGAUAUAUUGGACGAUUAGAUGAUUCUAUUUCGAAGUUUAAGGAUAAUCUAUUGAUUCAUUCGUGUAAUAGAGAACGGUUGUAUUUCUCAAAGUGGUUCAAGACAUUGAAUGCUAUCGGAAAUCGUUUUUACGAUAAAAUGACGGAAGCUCUUGGAGCAGAUGUCGCAUUCGAGAACUCAAUAAUGCUUCGCAGAUUGGCAUCAUUUGAAACGAAACAAAGGUUGUUCAAUAAGGCAACGGAAAAGUACCGAACUCAACAUUCGAAUGUCAAGGAAAUUGUGUUGGAUGUUCGUCGAGAGCCUGGAAGCUUGUUCCGCGAUACCAUGGUGCAAUUGCAUCAUUUGUAUGCAAAACGUAUGAUGUCUGUUCGUUCAUUGGAGAGCGGACAUGCUCCACUUGCUGGUACACGUCUCCGUGUCCAUUUUAUUGAUGAACCAGGAGAGGGGACAGGUGUUACACGUAGUUUCUACACGGCUUUUGCUGAAUCGUGCAUGAUGGAUGUUGCUCCUUUCACACCAGAAACAGUUGCUGAAAAGUCUUCUUUGAUUCAAUCCGUGCUUCAUCCCAAUAACGAAUACGAGCACGACAUGGAGAUUACAAAGACCCUCCGAAAAGCAAGACGUGAGCAAGCCAUCCGAUUGCGCACGCAUCUCCAACGCUUGAAGACCUUCCCAUUAAACCUAGCAGCUCCUCGUUUUGAUAUUAAAAACUUUACUGGUGAAGGUAACUGGACAAAGAAGGUUUUACAAGACAGUUCAGCCGAGUCGCAGCCGGUUGCCCCGCUCAAUUGGGGACAACAUGAAGGAACUCUCCGAAAAAUCCAUACAAUGACAUCCGGAUUCCUCACCGACGAAAAGACUAUCGGAAGAGUCAUGGGAAUCAUGUGUCAAUUGCCAACUGAAGUGUUUGUCAAGGCUGUAAACAAUGAUGAUACAAUGCGGUUGCACAUUCAACAGAUUCUCGCAGAACUUCGUGCUGAAGGCGAACUAGACGACUAUUCGAGAGUUUUCCGUGGCUUGCAAAAUGCUGAACAACCCAGAUCAGACGAUGAACAAUGGAAUGUUCUCGUUGGAACCGAAAGUCCAUUGGAUCAACUAUUUGAGAAGGCACCAUAUGGAGAAUUCUACGUUCCAAAGAUCGGAAAUGGAGCACCAAUGAGGCUUGCUGCUUAUCGAACUGUUGGAAGAAUUAUGGGAAUUUGUCUUUCACAGGGAGACAUUUUCCCACUACGAUUCUCUCGGCACAUUUUCUCGUAUAUUCUCAAACUUCCAAUCUGUUGGCUUGAUCUUGGAUUUUAUGAUCCGGUGUUGUUCAACAAUCUUCGUGCACUUUUCAAAGCACAUCCAUCCGAAUUAGAUACAGAUUUUUCAAUUGUGGAGCAGAGUGCAGACGGAAAAGCAGUGACUGUAAACUUGAAGCCAAACGGAGACGAAGUUCUCGUGAACAAAGACAAUGUCAUCGAAUAUGUCUACAAAUAUGCAGAACGAGUUCUCGUUGGAAAACGGAUUAUUACAUUCGAAGCGAUUCGUGAAGGAAUUCUCGAUGUAAUUCCUGAAUCCAUGCUUUUUGGAUUAACUCCUGAAGAUCUGAGACUAAUUAUAUGUGGAAUCGAAUCGGUUUCAAUUAGUGUUUUGCAAGAGAAUACCGGAUUCCUUGACGAGAGCCGAGCUUCUCAAGAAACACUAAAUCGAUUCAAGCAGUGGUUCUGGCAAGUGAUUGAGUCAUUCACUCAACAAGAGAAACAGGAACUUGUGUUCUUCUGGACCGGAUCUCCUGCUCUCCCGGCAGCUGGAAAAUGGCCAACCUCAGCAAGCGUCAUGCUCCGCCCACAAGAAGAUGUAUUCCUUCCAACAGCCAACACGUGUAUUUCCCGCCUCUAUGUACCUGUUUACUCGUCGAAACGUGUCCUUCGGACGAAGUUGCUUUUGGCAAUCAAGGCGAAAAAUUUUGGUUUCGUAUAAACUUUGUAACCAUUUUUCUAUUUCAGCUUUUAAUUAUCUUUUUUUUUAACUAUUUAUAUAUUUAACAUGUUCUUCUCCCCACCUGAUAACCCUUUCGUUAGUUUUUUAUAUGUAUUCCAGGUUUUAAAUAGCGGGAAGCUGCUAAAAUCUCUUCUAUUUCAAUUUUACCCUUGUUUCCAAUUUAUUUUUUUCAAAAAACCAUCAUGCUUAGUUAGGAUCAACUACACUAAAUCUCAAACAGCUUUUUCGCUUCAGUUUGACAAUGAUUUCUGGACUCACUCACCAAUUUCACUUUCGAUUUUUGAGCGUAAUAGGCAAGUGUUUUCUUUCUGUUGUUGCGUGGCUCCUUGUAUACAUAAAUUUGGAUGUG